AGGUGGCAGAAUGGGGAGGAGAGAUAACAGAAGCAAGACCGAUUCUGAGUCCUCAUGCAAGGACAUGGUUGAAUCGCUUCGCAUCGAAUUCAAAACGCCGACAACUGCAGUUCUUCUUCUGAGAUCCCCCGAAGAAGACAUUUUGAUCGUAGCGUGUGGAGCAAUAUACGAAUUUGCAGAGGAAGGAGAUAGUAAUAAAAUUCACCUGAUGGAUCUUGGAGUAUUGGAGCCUCUUUGUCAGCUCGUCAAUCACAGCAACAAGAUGAUCAGACGCAAUGCAAUCAUUGGACUGGGCAUCAUGGCUACGAACAGUACAGUUAGAAAUAUCCUGCAAAACAUCAACGUCAUUCCAUCGAUCAUCGCCAGGCUGUCACUGGACGAUGCUGCCAUCCAAGAGUUUGGGACCCUAUGCCUGGCCUCACUGUCUGUGGAAUCCUCCUGUAAACUCCAAAUUGUGGAAAACCAAGGCUUGCCGCAAUUGAUCAAGCUCCUUUCCAAUACAGACCCAGAUAUUCAGAAGAACUCUCUGGAGACCAUCUUCAACUUGGUUGACGUGAGUCCAAAUCAAACCGAUAUUACCUCUCAAAAGGCAACAAUUUUAAUGUUCUUGUUUGUGUCUAUGGAGGAAGAGCAAAUCUGCCCUGCCUUCAUCGAAUUGUGCGGGAUCAGUCAUUUACUCCUUCUGCUCAAAUCAGCAUUCAGCGUCAUUCAGCAGCUGGCUUUGAAAACAUUGCAGAAGAUGGCUGCCAAUUACAUAGAUACUCAAAUCACCUUUAGGGAAGAACAAGCGCUUGAUAUAUUCAUUAAUAUCAUCAAUGAUAAGGAUUUAAUUGACCUCCAUGCCGAGACCUUGCAUGUUAUAGCCAACUGUAUUGGUGACAUGGAGAGUUUCCGGGUGAUCCAGAAUUCAGGAGGGCUAGCCACACUAAUGGAGCUUGCCCAGACCCCUAAGUUGUCCGAAAGCAAAUGCAUCAAUAAUGAAAUCCAGGCCACGGCUGUGAACUGCUUCACCAGGGCUACUCAGAACUGUGACCUCCACCAAUUUCUGCAUGAACAAAAGGUUGACAAGGUUCUGGUAGAUCUCUUGUCUUCUGGAGGCACCGACUGCAUAAAAACAUACGCUUGUCAAGCUAUGGCCGCCUUGAGCUGCUUCCUGCCCAGCAAAUGCCUCUUCAGAGAUAUAGGUGGUAUACCCGCUUUGGUGCGGUUACUGAAGAGUAAAAAUUCAGCGAUGAGAGAGCAGGCUAUCCAGGCCCUGGCCAACCUCACAUCAGGAGACCACCUCAACACUAUGGCAGUAUUUAAGGCAGGAGGACAUAAAAUGCUUGUGCCGAGGCUCUGCGACACUUGUCCUAAGACAGUGGCCAAUUCGAUAGCCAUACUUGGCAGGAUGGCAGCACAGGAAGAGUUGCGCUGUAAAGUGAUAUGGCAGGGAGUGGUGCCGGCGCUGGUGGAGCCUUUAAAAUCGACAGACAUGGAGGUCCUGAUCAGUGCCCUGCUGUGCCUCUGUGAGCUCGCCUUUGAGGAAGAAGCCAGGGUAUCGCUGCAAAGCACUGGGGGUCUCGAACCACUCGUCAGUUUGCUGCGUUCCAGUCACACCGAGGUACUGCGCUGCGCAUGCAUGGCAAUCAGUGUGUGUGCCAAGGAUGAGCCCACUGCUCUGGAGAUCUGCAGAUUUGGAGCUUUGGAAAUCCUUCAAGAAAUCAAUCUAUCAAUAAACCGUAGGAGCAAGUUUACAGAGUUUGCUUUGAUCAGUCUGCUCAAAUACAACGUGUCUCUCAAAUAUGGUCUGCUUGGUUAUUUGGCCACAGGUGAUAUCAUCCCCGAUGGCUUCUGUGAUACUGGAAAGGUUGGUUUCGGUCAGACAGUUUUGAGCUUAGAAGAACUGAUCAUGGAGCCAAUAAAUGAACAGCGUCCGAUCCUCCUCGUCACCUCAAUCGAGGUGAGCGAUGAAGCGCCGCAGAAAGAUGAGACCCAGUUACAGUGUUCGCAAGAGAGCAACAGUAAAGUAAUGGAUGACGUCUCCUUGCGGUUUCUAGUUAAAGAGGUCAAGGAGUCUGACCUGCUUUUGAAUGGUGAAGAGGAACAAUACGCUGCCUUGGCAAGGUACGUAAGCGAUGCAAUGGGUGGACAGAUUGAGCGACAAGAGUUGGAAACAUAUGCAUGGGUGCAACAUCUAGAUGAGCUCAAACAUCGACUGACGUGUAACGUGAUUCCGAUUGGCAUGAUCAGAAAAGGAUUCUACUGUCACAGGGCGCUUCUUUUCAAGUACUUGGUUGAUUGCAUCGGCUUGAGGUGUACUCUGGUAAGAGGUGACUACAACAGAGCUUGGAAUGAAGUACUCAUCUACAAGGAAGAUCCAUGCAGCAAUGAAAACUGCUCACAGCCAUGUUGUUAUAUUGUGGACCUCAUGCACCAGCCAGGAAAUUUACUGGAAGUUAAUAGUCCUGCUGCAAGUGAUUAUAAAAGUUUAUAGAGGGUGAUGUAGUGUAGGAACUGUAACUGUAUCCCAUUGUAAUUGUACAUUUCCUAAUUGUCUGUAAAUGAUCAGUAUAUGGUCCAAGUACUGGU